AUGGUGGCAGCAAAGGUCUUCGGUUUUAGGUGUCCUGUUUUGGCUCGGGUGACGAUGGGGCUGCGAGGAUUUUGUGGCAGAGGACGGGGGGAAGUGGUGAAGCGCGGUCGAGAGGGAAUAGGUAUGGGUGGUGGUAAUUUUGUGGUGGGAGAUGGAGGAACUGGAGCAGAGGCGGAGGGGGUAGAGGGUUGCGAUGGUGGCGCGGGCGGGUUUGGUGGAUCGGGGAUCGCAGUGGGCUGGGUGGAAGGCAGGGGAACGUUGGGCCGAGGGCUGAUGGGGGGAAAGGAUGGGGUUGGGCCGGGUGAGGCAGGGGGUGGAGGAACGGGCUGCUGGAUUGGGUUUGUGGGCCGAGGCCCAGAUAAUGGAAUAGGCAGAGGAGGGUUGGUUUGCGGAUGGGGAAGGUGUAUGAGUGGGGUGAGAGUAGGGAGACUAGUGGAGGGGAUAUCUUGUGGUGGGAGUUGCGUUUGGCGAAAGGGAAAAACAUCUUCGGCAAAAAGUACAUGA